AAGGUCCCUUUCAGAAGACUUUUAGUGAAGGCUACAUUUGAACUGUAAUGCCAUAUUCCAUUCAGAGUGCCCACAUCAAGAGCUCUGUCUUUUGUAGUGAGUAGGGCAUAGGGGUGAUCACUUUCGAUUGGUUUCGCCCUAUGUGUUGCAAGAGCUACAUAUUUUAUUUCCUUAAAUUGCUUUCAUGUAAUUUGCUAUUGCUAACGAACAUCAUUUACAUUGGAUGUAUUGCCAGUAUUUACAUUUCUUCGUCUGAAAGGGAAAAGCGACGUAUUAAGAUGGGGUAUAUGAUUGUGGAGAAACACACGCAUGAUGUCCUCCAUUUGAAGAGGUCUCCUGGUAUUAGAUCUUGGUCCGUCCUUGUUGGUAUUGCUUCGGUUGGACUAGCCGCAGCCUAUUACAGCUCUGAUAGUGUGUUAUGGAAGAUGUUCUAUGUGACGGGUUGUUUAUUUGUAGCUCUACAGAAUAUGGAGGAAUGGGAGGAGGCAGUAUUUGAUAAAUCUAAGGGAGAGAUCGAACUGAAGACUUUUAGUCUGUAUACCAUGAUAUUGACUUUCUGGAGAAGAGGGCAUGAGAGAGUGUUGAUAGAUCUGCGGCACUUGCGAGAUGUGAGUGUUCAGGAGGAGAGGGUGAGGUAUCUGGGAAAGGGUUACCUGUUGGUGCUCCGCCUGGCAACUGGCUUCUCUCAUCCACUUACACAGAAUGCCACGCUGGGAUCACGCAGUGAUGUAGAGGCAAUAGCUGCUCUUCUGAAAUGCUUUUUGGGUCUUGAGGAGUUACAGCAGCGUUUGGCAGAAGACGAUUAUCCUGAUGAAGAUGAUGUUGAAGAUUUAGGUUUGGGUGAUAGCAGUGACUCAAAAGAUGAGGCUGAUCUUUAAAACAAUCUAGAGAUCUCUGUUAUCAUGAAAAUGGUGGAAAACACUGUAUCAUGCCUUAAAUGAAUGGACCAACACUCCAUCCUUACAAACAACCCAGUGACAAUCUGAAAGCUUUAUCCUUUCUUGUUGCAUUGUAUUUUCAAAUCCAUUUCAAAAGAGGCUUCAGUAAAGAUUUCUCUGUAUAUUUUGCUCCAUGGAUGCAUGACUGAUUUAGUUAUUAUAAAUGCAUGAACUCGCUUUCCAUUGGUCAAUGAGCAGGUGGUCAUGUGCUCUGAACCUCUAUGCAUGCUUAUGCAAAUCACACUGUGCCUUUAUUCACUGCUUCAGUACAACUGCAAACUGCAUUCAGUGAAAAGAGGUAUUUAAUUAACACUGCUUGAAGGAACAAACUCUUGGAUUUUUUUAUCAUUUUGAAUUUCUUUAUGUAAAUGUUUUUGAGCCUAAAGACAGAAGAGGAACAAAAUAUAUGGCAGCUGCUCAGAAAUCGCUGGUCUUCAAAGGAGAUGUUUUUUUAAACAUUGUCAUUUUUUUUUAAUAUUCAUAUGAGACUACUGUUAUAGUUCAUUGUUACAGAAUUCUCUUUUGUUUUUAAGAAAAAAUAAAAUGAUCUUUAUUGACA